AUGGAAGAAAAAGGAGGUGUCUUGAUGCAAAAAUACGAGCUGGGAAAAUUGCUCGGGCAGGGCACUUUUGCCAAGGUUUACCACGCAAGGGAUAUCAAGAAUGGGAACAGUGUAGCUAUCAAGGUUAUGGACAAGGAGAAAAUUUCGAAAGGUGGGCUGGUCGAGCAAAUCAAACGGGAAAUUUCCAUAAUGAGCCGUGUAAGGCACCCAAACAUCGUGCAGCUUUAUGAGGUGAUGGCCACCAAAACCAAAAUAUAUUUCGUGAUGGAAUAUAUGAAAGGCGGGGAGCUCUUCAACAAGGUGGCCAAGGGAAAACUGAAUCCCGAAGCUGCACGAAAAUAUUUUCAGCAGCUGAUUAGCGCCGUCGAUUUUUGUCACAGCCGGGGAGUUUAUCACAGGGACCUCAAGCCUGAGAAUCUUCUCCUCGACGACAACGGUGAUUUGAAAGUCUCGGAUUUUGGGCUUAGCGCACUUCACGAAUCGAGAAGGAAAGACGGGCUUUUACACACUAUGUGUGGGACCCCGGCUUAUGUGGCGCCUGAGGUUGUCAGUAGGAGAGGAUAUGAUGGCGCGAAAGCGGAUAUCUGGUCGUGUGGGGUUAUCCUGUUUGUUCUGUUGACUGGCUAUUUACCUUUUCAUGACUCGAAUUUAAUGGAGAUGUACAGGAAAAUAGGAAAAGGGGAGUUCAAGUGCCCGGUGUGGGUCCCGCCUGAUGCCCGGAGGCUGAUUUCGAAGAUGUUGGACACGAAUCCGAGUACAAGGAUAAGUAUGUCCAAGAUCAUGAAUAAUUCUUGGUUUCGUAAGGGGUUUCAAAAUGCCGAUAGUGAUUUUGUUGCGACUCGUGGGGGUGUUAUUAAUUUGAAGGAAGAAGAAGCAGUUGAGGAAGAAAGUGUUGAAUUUGGAAAGCCGGUAAAUCUAAAUGCUUUUGAAAUAAUUUCGCUAUCUGCCGGUUUCAACUUGUCGGGCAUGUUCGAGGAGGACGCGAGUCGAAAGAAAGAGGUCAAGUUCACAACCAACCAGCCGAUCAAGACUGUCAUCUCCAAAUUGGAGGAAUUAGCCGAGCGUCUGAAGAUGAAGGUGAUGAAAAAGAAGCACGGAGGGUUUUUGAAAAUGGAGGGCUCAAAAGAAGGGAGGAAAGGCACGUUGUCGAUAGAUGCAGAUAUUUUCCAAGUGGGCCCGGAUUUUCACUUGGUAGAGAUGAGAAAGUCGAAUGGGGACACGCUGGAGUAUUGGAAGUUGAUGGAUCGCGAAAUCAGACCAGCUCUAAAAGACAUUGUGUGGGCGUGGCAAGGGGACGAGCCUCAACAAUCUGUACCAACUCAAGUUACAGAGGCCUAA